AUGUCUGGACGCGGAAAAGGCGGAAAGGGACUCGGAAAGAGCGGUGCCAAGCGCCAUCGCAAGAUUCUGCGUGACAACAUCCAAGGUAUCACCAAGCCCGCUAUUCGCCGUCUGGCUCGCCGUGGUGGUGUGAAGCGUAUUUCUGGUCUCAUCUACGAAGAGACGCGUGGUGUUCUCAAGACGUUCCUCGAAAACGUCAUCCGUGACUCUGUUACAUACACCGAGCACGCAAAGAGAAAAACAGUGACGGCACUCGAUGUCGUGUACGCUCUCAAGCGAUCCGGACGUACCCUCUACGGCUUCGGUGUCUGA